UUGAGACCCACAAAUUUUGUUGAAGUGGGGAACAUGUUGAAACCACAAGUUGAGUACUGACGACUGAGAGCUAGCUCCCAAAGGUUUUUUUUAUCUCAUUUCAAUUCCUCGGCACAGCAGCAUGCUAGAUUCCUUUUCGUUUCUCUUUUUUCAUAUGAGGGGUCAUCAUCAAGCCACGCCCCCAAAUCAUUUCACCCUUUGCCUUGCUCGUCAAAGUUUCUUUCCAUGCCAUAAAGCAAAAGGCUUCAUGUUUUUAGAAGCUUUUAGGCCAAUUUCAAACGAAUUUAUUAAUAUAUACCCAAUCACUACUUGCCACAUUGUCAAGCAACUUUAGGUAAAAAUGGCCUAAUGCCUAAAUGCCCCCACUUCAUCCAAAACAGUCGGUUGGUUUUAGCUGCACUGUUACAUCCAUCUUAAUGACUAGGUAAAUUCUAUUUGCAUGAUCAAGAAUUUGAUAUUCCUUAACAAAGUCUCCUGUUUGAAUUCGAUAUUCCUUGAAAAAAUCUCUUAUUUGAGUUCAAUAAGAUCCGAUUUCACUAUUUAAAGCCUCUUUUAUGAUCUAUAAACUUCCCCCCAAACAGUACAAGCAUUCCUCUUUGCAACUUCAAACCUGUCACAUCUAGAAGAGAAAACAAGAAUCUGAUCUUAGAAUACAGCUUUGAAAGAAACCACACACAACAGUUGUUGUAGCCAACUUCCUUUUACCCAACCCUAAGCUCCUCUCAUGGGCUCUUUUUUCUCUCUCACAUUGAUAAUACUUUCAUGGGUAUCAUUACUUUCAACGGAAGCUGAAGCUGAAGGGAUCAGAUCAGCUCGUCUUCUCGAUCUUCUCAUUAGGGACAACAUAGUAAAGUCCUUUGACAAGCAUUUGAAAACAGGCACUGUCCAAACUGUAAAUUUACCUGCAAAUUUCUCGGGCAUCAAAGUUGAAACAGCAAGGUUUAGAUGUGGGAGUCUCCACAGAUAUGGUGCUCAAGUUAAGGAAUUUUAUCUGGGAAAAGGUGUGAAUGUGCAGCCAUGUGCAGAAAGAGUCAUGGUAGUAAGACAAAACUUGGGUUCUAAUUGGUCAUCCAUAUACUAUGCUAACUAUAAUCUUUCAGGUUACCAGCUUGUGUCACCGGUAUUAGGCCUCCUCGCUUAUAAUGCGGGCACCGAUGUGAGUUCCGGCACCCCUUUCGAAGUUGGAAUCCUCGCAAGGGAAAAUAACCCAAUUAAAAUAAACUUCAGCAACGUUAUUACAAACACUACAUCGUCCAGGAGAGGAAUCAGGCCAUUGUGUGCUAGCUUUGGAGGGGAUGGCAAAGUGAAAUUGAAAAACCAAGUGUCACCCAAUGUUUGUGUUGCGACCAGGCAUGGUCAUUUCGGUUUGCUCAUCGAGUUACCGCCAUCGAUGCCUGUGAGGAAGAGGAUUAGCAGGUGGAAAUUGGCGGUGGGAAGCUCGAUUGGAGCGGCAUUGGGUGCUUUCCUGCUGGGAUUGCUUUUGGUGUCGAUGCUUGUUAAGGUGAAGAAGAAAGCGAGAAUGGAGGAGUUGGAGAGGAGAGCGUAUGAAGAAGAAGCACUUCAGGUUUCAAUGGUGGGACAUUUCAGGGCUCCAACAGCAUCGGUUACUCGAACCACGCCUACAAUUGAACAUGAGUACACACCUUAUCCUUCUUGAAAUGUUAUAAUUGUCUCACCUUUUUCCAUUUUCUAGUGUAAGAUCAUUCUUUUUUGUAAGAUCAAAUCUAUUUGUUUCUUGAGAUAUAAAAGAAUGUUCACAUCUUGGAACAGACAA